AUGAAGUUUAUUGCUAUCAUCGCUAUCGUCAUGAGUGGCGUGGCGGCUACAGCUAUCCCAGCUGAGCUUCAGGAGCGUCAGUGCAUUUUUAACGGGCCCGUCCCGUGUGGAAGCAGUAAUGAAGUGUGCCAGCCUGCAACCACAGGAUGCACAUAA